CUUAAUAUGUUAUGUAUAAAUACUUAUAUUCAUUCAAAAUUAAAGAAACAUCCAUAUUGGAUAGUUAAUUUACCUUCAGAAAUUAUGGCACAUGAAAUUUCAAGCAGAGCUGUUUGUGUCCGAUUUUGUAUAGAAUUAUGGGCUAAUAGCAAAAAUGUUGAAGAUUUACAUAAUAAGUUAAAAACUUAUCCAAUUUCAGAAAUUAAUAAAUAUGCUGGACCACACAAGUCUUUCAAAGUAAUAGUUGAAACAUUUUGUAAACACUUUUCACAAAGUGAAAAAAUAAACAAAAUUGAUUCUUUUAGUUAUUUGCCAUUGGAAGGACCAGUAAGAUUGAAUAAUCCAGACACAACAUUGUGUUAUAUAGAAUUUUAUGGAUUAGAUCCUAAUAACAUUCCUAAAGAACCAUACGAAUUGUUUUUUGGUAGAUGGAUCACAAGUGGGCAAAGAGAUUUAAUCCGAAAAUUAUCAUUGAAAACCAGAAAAUUCAUUGGUAAUACAUCUAUGGAUCCUCAGUUAUCAUUAAUAAUGGCUAACCAAGCUCAAGUCCAAAAGGGAGACAUUAUUUUUGAUCCAUUUGUUGGUACUGGAUCCUUAUUAGUUGCUGCUUCUCACUUUGGUGGAUAUACAUUAGGAACAGAUAUAGAUUUUCUAAUGCUUCAUGGGCGUACAAGACCUAGCAGAAUAUCACAAAAGAUAAGGGAAAAAGAUGAAAAUAUUGCCACAAAUAUGAGUCAGUAUGGGAAAAGAUCAUAUUAUAUUGAUGUAGUUGUGUCAGACUUCUCUUAUCCUUUAUGGCGUUCUGAUAUGUGCAUAGAUGCUAUACUUACUGACCCUCCCUAUGGCAUAAGGGAAGCAACAGAAAGGAUAGGUACAACUAAACUAAAUCCAGUUAUAGAGGAACAUCAAGCUUCAUCUCAUAUACCAUCUAAAAUUGGUUACGACUUACCUCAAAUGUAUAAGGAUUUGCUAACUUUUGCAGCCAAACAUCUUAAAUUAAAUGGUAGAUUAGUGUGUUGGUUUCCUUUAUUUAGAGAUCAGUAUGCAGAGGAUCAAUUACCAACACAUCCAUGUUUAGAUUUAAUAGCUAACUCAGAACAAGUACUUAGUAAUUAUACUAGUCGCAGAUUAUUGACUUAUAAAAAAGUAAAAGAUCCAAAGGAAUCAGAUGAGAUAAUUUCUAGUAAUUUAAUCGAUUUCCGAGAAAAAUAUUUUGCAUUACGAAAUGAAACUAGAAAGGAAAAACGAAUGAAGAAAGCUGUAGAAAAAGCAAAGGAAAGAGAGCUGUGGGAACAAAAUAAUAAAGAAAAUCCAAAAAGAUGA